AUGUUCGCUCUUCUCUUGUUGGCAACCAUUUGCUCUGCUAAAACAUACCCAUUGACUAUCACAUCAUGCAACACUACUGCUCCAGUUAUUAUCCACACUUUAACAGUCCAACCAGACAACCCCAUCAACUUGAAGACUGGCUUCACUAUGAAUAUGGACAUUGAGAUCACAAAACCAAUUGAAAAGGCUAAACUCUCACUUGUUUUUGAAAAGGAUGUGUUGUUUUGGGUCACCAUCCCUUGCGCUAAUAAUGUCGGAAGUUGCACUUAUGAAAACGUUUGUGAUAUCUUGGCAAACGUCACAGAUAAAUGCAUGAACGCAACAAGAUCAAGAGGAUAUGACAACGUCCCAUGCUCUUGCCCAAUUGCUGCCAACAGAUUCGUUGCAACUAUCCCAGUCCCAACCAUCGAAGUCCCAAGUAAAUACGCAUGGUUGGCUUCUGGAAAUUAUAAAAUCCAUCUUGAGAUGUCUGACGAUGGAAAUAAUCUUGCUUGCUAUGAUGUUAAAUUCUCUUUGACUGUUUAA